UUCGCGGCUUCGAAACUAUGUCCCAGCACUAUAACAAAUUUCUCAGUCUUCUAGAGCGGUGGCCGGUCGAUAAGAACAAGCUGGGCCGCGAUUUGGGACAGUACCUUCGUGAUCAGCUGACGGCGGUGCUAGGAGCAUCCAACAUAAUCGCGGUGAAGGACGAGCGACUGAACAAGCAGUUCCUUGCGCUGGAAAACAUUGUUAACGACGUGCACGGGAAGCGAUACCCUCGCGCACUCAGCUCGACCGCCACCGGCCUGUCCGGAGAGCAGUGCCGUAAAGUGUUGUCCACUGAGUUUCUUCAGAUACUGCAGAAGAAUAAGAGUAAGGAUUAG